CGUGCCAGACUGCGCAUGCGCAGCCCCGGAGGGCGGGAGAGGCCUGCGGUUGACGGCCACACCGGUCCCGAGGUUCCUCCGCCGGUUCCGCCGGUGAUGGAGCCGGAGCGAGCGGCCGCCCCGCCUCCUGGGAGGAAGAGGUUCACCGUCCCCCUGGAGGCGGAGCCUCCCGGGCCGGUGAAGCCACUGUUUAAGGCGGGAGCCGCCUCCAACCCCGCCGGCUCCAGGGAAACAACGCCGCCGCCCCCCGCCAACGAUCCGGUUCCCCCGGUCCCCGACCCCUCGGCCGGCAGCACCGACGGGACACCCGAUGGGGCCCCCACUGUGAAACCCGGCACGAGGAGCAGCAGCAUCAUCGUGAGCCCCCGACAGCGGGGAAACCCGGUGUUAAAAUAUGUGCGGAAUGUACCCUGGCAGUUUGGGGACAUCCUACCCGACUAUGUGCUGGGACAGAGCACCUGUGCCCUCUUCCUCAGUCUGCGCUACCACAAUCUCCACCCCAACUACAUCCACGAGCGGCUGCAGGGGCUGGGCAAGACCUACCAGUUGCGGGUGCUGCUGCUGCAGGUCGACGUGAAGGACCCACAGCACGUACUGAAGGAGCUGGCCCGGAUGUGUCUGCUGGCGGAGUGCACCCUCAUCCUGGCCUGGAGCCCCGAGGAAGCUGGCCGCUACUUGGAGACCUACAAGGCCUAUGAGCAGAAGCCGGCCGACCUGCUCAAGGAGAAGCUGGAACAAGAUUUCCUGUCGCGGGUGACCGACUGCCUGACCACGGUGAAGUCCGUCAACAGGACGGACAGCCUGACCCUGCUUUCCACGUUUGGGUCCCUGGACCAGCUUGUGGCCGCUUCAGCGGAGGACCUGUCCCUGUGCCCGGGCUUUGGCCCCCAGAAGGCCCGGCGACUCUUCGAUACCCUGCACGAGCCGUUCCUGAAGGGAUCCCGGUAGUCCCCUGUGACCUGUGGUGCGUCCAAUAAACUGUGUAUCUGUG